UCAAAAACAGAUGAUGUUUUCUAUAAAUUGUAAUCGAUACAUUUAUGUAUUUGAUCGAACCAAUUUUUUUAGAAGGUUUAGUUGUUAAAGGUUUUGGCAGAGGAAGUAAACAAUUAGGAUAUCCUACCGCUAAUUUUUCUGAAAAUGCAAUCGAAUCUCUUCCAAAAACCUUAAGAAAUGGUGUAUACUUUGGCUUUGCAAAUCUAGAUGCUGAGAAUAAGAUAUAUAGAAUGGUUGCCAACUUAGGAUAUUGUCCCUUUUUCCAAAAUACUCAAAGAUCAUUUGAAACUCACAUUCUACAUGAUUUUCCUACAGAUUUUUAUGGGAGCUUACUGAAAGUUGCUAUUAUAGAUUACAUACGUGAAGAGAGAAAUUUUACAUCAAUUGAUUGCUUAAUAUUACAGAUUGAAAAUGAUAUAAAACUUGCCAAUGUUAAGCUUGAUAAAUAUCAAUUAUCUGCUCAAAUUUAUCAGAAAUUUAAUAUAGAGUCCUAAAUCAUGAUUUAUUUUUGUCCAUAUCAAUAAUAAAAUUGUAAAAAUAAAAUAAUUAAUUGUUCUACUUUAAUAAUGAAAUUAUAUAACCUAUCUCCAAAAAAUUUCUUAUAUUGAAUGCAAUAAUAUCAAUGCACUUUUCUAUGUAUCUAAAAUUACCAUGGCUGGGAAAAAGUAUAUAAGUUAGAUAAAACCUGUAUCACAGUUUUAAUUAUUUUAAGAGGUCUAUUCACUAUAUUAAAUAUUUAAGAAAUCUCUCCCAUUUUUUGUGAUUAUUAAAUAAGAAUUCCUUUUCUUAUCAUCUCAUGGGCCCAUAAUUGGAAUGGGGACUUUUUAAAAAUAAUGAAUUUGCACCCAAUUUUGAACUACAAAGAUCUAAAAUAUUAUAUCAAUCUCAAUUUUUAUUAAUAAGUUUUCCCCAUUUCCAGAGCCUUUUGGAAAAAGGUUUUAUAUACUCAUUAUUAAUUUACUUACAACUAUUCUAUCAUUAAUGCCAAAAGAUUAAUAAAUAUUUUAUAAAUAUCAGGUGUUUUUUAAACUACUUAAAAUUGUAUUAUAAAUAAUAAUGCUAUGAAUAAAAUAAU